AUGAGGAACGGUCGGCAAAGCACAAACGCAGGCAGGGCAACGCACGGAGGCACAGCGGAAGAACGGCCAGGUGUUUGCAGCCAGGGUAGCGCGGGCAAGGCGUUUGCGGCCGGUGGUGCGCUCCCAGUAUCUGUUCAGCUCCACCUAGGUCUCCUCUUCGGCGAGGGCGUCGUCGACCUUUGGGAUGUCUCCGAGCCUGAGUAUUGCGAGUACCCGGCUUGGAAGAAUGGCAGUACCCAGAUGAAGAAGCCCCAUUCCGAUGCUGGCGAUCUCAACGUUCAGGUCCUCUCGCCACGCCUGCCGAAGGUUACCCAUCAAGCCCGUCCCACCGCCUGGCGCACCAUCCUCUCCGCUGCGGCGGUUCUACUCAUACUCAAUAUCGGGAGCCACAUCACCCUCGUCCCCCAGACAGCCAUCCUCCAAGAUAUUGUAUGCGCCAAAUACUAUGCCCAUCGCGCACCACUAUUAGGACAUCCUCGAGCCGACGAGUGCAAGGUCGAGCCCGUCCAAAGCGAAGUCGCCUACCUCAACGCCUGGAAAGACGUUGUUGAAGCUGUCCCAGCUACGGUCCUGGCCGUGCCGUAUGGUAGGCUUGCGGACCGCAUCGGGCGCAAGAAGGUCCUCCUGCUCGCCAUCGCAGGUUGCCUCCUGAACGAUGUCUGGACAAGGAUCACUGGUUUUCCGACCCUUUUCCCGCUGCGAGCUGUGUGGUUUGGCGGCCUGUGGCAGCUCAUCGGCGCCGGGGCCGCUACGUUCUCUUCCGUUUCGUUUGUUCUGGUCGCCGAUGUCUGCCCGGCUGAGCAAAGGUACAUCCAGGCCGCCACUUCGUGCCGCGCCUCGUAUUUGUUCCGGUUGGCGGCGUCCUUCAUCACCUCAGUUGGCGCUGCCACCAAUCUUGCGGUUCUUACAUUCCUCAUACCCGCUCUGUCAAGCUUCUUUGUAGGACGACUGGACCUGCACGAAAUGUUCAAAGACAAGCUCAUCGCGCAGCUUAGUGGCUUGUUCCUCGUCCUUGGCUCUAUCACUGCUGCCUUCCGCUGGGGCAUGCCCUUGGGAGAGCGCUGGAUGGGAGCUCCAUUCCUCAUCGCAGCAGCUUGCUUUAUGCUUGCCCUUGUCGCCGUCUCGGGAGCUGCAGUCUUGCCCGGCAAGCAUGAUGCUGAAGAGGACCACGAGAGAAGAGGCGAAGUUGAUGGUGAACACCAAGCCACCUAA